AACUGCGAUCGUUGAUUGCUAGCGUCGCGUUCCGGAGAUCGGAGAUCGCAGCAGGCACUCGCAGUGCGAGACGCGAUCCGCUGCCCUACACAUCGCGUAACUGCUCGAAGCGUCGUGGGUAAAAAUAAGUGUAUAUGUUAGAAUCCGUAAAUGAAAAUAACGCAGUGCAUAAAUAAACCAAAUACGCUUCUGUUAAUUGUGCCCGAAUCACCGAGGGCAGAGAUUGGGAAAUGGCAGCCAGCGAAGCGCCACCCGCACAGGCAACGGUGGAGGUGGAGUUGCCACCGCCACCGGCCAAGGAUUCGGAGGACGUGACCCUGGACGCCAUCCUGAAGCAUCUGGGCCAGUUCGGUCGUUUCCAGCUGAUCAUAUUCAUGCUGAUCUGCCUGCCGAUGAUGUUCCACGCCAUGUUCUCGGUCACAUAUGUGUUUACCGCCGCCACCGUGUCGCACAGGUGUAACAUCGCAGAGUGCGAUACGCCGGAGAGCGCCUUUUACGAGCCGCACACGGAGUGGAGUAUCCCCAGGCACGGCCGGGAUCUGGACGCCUGCAAUCGGUACACCAACUUGGAGCUGCCCCAGUGGAACCAGUCGGUGGCCGAGGACAUUUGCUUGCCCAUACAUUUUACGAAUAUUUCGGAGGCCUGCCCCGACAACAAGUUCGUGUUCCGCGACAAUGAAGUAACCAUUUCGAAUGACUUCGGCAUUUUCUGCGACGAUGAGUGGAAGCUAUCAAUGGUCGGAACCAUAAACAACCUGGGGCAGUUCUUCGGCAUUCCCAUUGGCGGCUUUGUAGCAGAUCGCUAUGGACGCAGCUUCUCGAUCGCCUUGGGCGGCAUUUUGGGCGCUGUGCUGGGAGUCAUUCGAUCCUUCUCGCCCAGCUACGGCUGGUUCCUGGUGUUCGAGUUCCUGGACAACAUGACCAGCAGCACGCUGUACUCCACCUGCUUCGUGAUCGGCAUCGAGUUGGUGGGACCCAAGCGACGGGUGCUGGCCUGCAGCGUGAUCACGGUCUUCUACGCGGUGGGCGAGGUGCUGCUCGCCAUGGCCGCCAAGGCCUUCCCCGACUGGCGCAUCCUGCUGCGCAUCACCUACAUGCCCUCGCUGAUCCUGCUGGCCUACUUCUGGAUCCUGCCGGAGAGCGUCCGCUGGCUGCUCAGUCAGGGCAAGGAGGAACGGGCCAAGAACAUACUCCGGCGGGCAGCGCACGUCAACAAGCGCGAGCUGCCGGAGGGCAUGCUGGACAAGCUCGUCCUGGCCAAUCGGGACAAGCUGGAGCAGUCGGCGGAGAGCCGGUUUCCCAUCCGCGAGGCCUUCAAGAACUUCAAGUGGCGCAUCGCCAACUGCUCCUUAUGUUGGAUCGUCCACGUGCUGGUCUACUACGGCCUAAGCCUCAAUGUGGUGCUGCUCGACGGGGACAAGUACAAUAAUUUCGCCUACGUGGCCCUGGUGGAGAUCCCCGGCUUCUUCAUGCCCCUGUUGAUCAUGGACCGCAUCGGCAGGCGUUACUCCCUCUGCGGCUUGAUGCUGGCCAGUGGCCUCUGCUGCGUCGGAACGAUCUUCGCCGGCGCGGAUCAGCCGCUGCUCCAGCUGGUGCUGUUCCUCGUCGGCAAACUGACCAUCACUGCCAGCUUCCAGGUGCUCUACUUCUUCGCCUCGGAGAUCUACCCCACGAAUCUGAGGAACAGCCUGCUCAGCUUCUGCUCGAUGAUGGGCAGGUUCGGCUCCAUGCUGGCACCGCAAACGCCUCUUCUGGCGAAGUAUUAUGCCAGUGCUCCGGCCAUGCUCUUCGCCGGCGCCGCCAUCGUGAGCGGACUGCUCACCCUGUUCUUCCCGGAGACCACCAACGUCGUUCUGCCCACCACAGUGCAGGAGGCGGAUGCCAUCGGCGUCAAGAAGAAGCCUUCGCAGGGCAAGGAACUCGAUCUGGUCGGUGCGACAAGCCAAAGCGCAGUGAUCAGUGGAGUAAUCUUAGUCUAGGCAGCCUGCAAAUACAAAGACAUUUAUCUUUAAAAGUGUUACAACUUCAAGAAUAAGCCAUAUAUAUAUCGAUUUUAUAGCAUUAA